UGCCCCGCGGGGGCCGGGGCCUUUAUGGACAGAGCAACCUUCGCCCGUUCCACCGCUUUUUUCCGGGAUCCGGGGAAUCCUUCUCCAGCCUCUCUUCCCGGGGGCCACGUGGAUUUUAUCGACAGAGUCGAUUCCUUCACUUAUUCCGAUUUUUUCCGGGAUUAUCUCCUUCCCAACCAUCCCUGCAUCUUCUCGGCCAAGUUCACCCAGGAUUGGGGCAGCAGGAAAACCUGGGUGACGCCGGAUGGGAAACCCAACUUUGAGCAUCUCCUGAAGGAGUUCGGAGAAGCCGUGGUGCCCGUGGCCAAUUGCGACGUCCGGGAAUACAACUCCAACCCCAAGGAGCGGCUGCCCUUCAAGGAAUUCCUGGAAUAUUGGCGGGAAUACAUCGGCAACGGCCACCGCUCCUCCCGCGGCUGCCUCUACCUCAAGGACUGGCACCUGAGCAGAGAUUUCCCGGAGCAGGAUGUUUACACCACUCCCGUGUAUUUUUCCUCGGAUUGGCUCAACGAAUAUUGGGAUGCCGUGGCCGUGGAUGAUUUCCGGUUCGUCUACAUGGGGCCCAAGGGAUCCUGGACGCCGUUCCACGCCGACGUCUUCCGCUCUUACAGCUGGUCGGCCAACGUCUGUGGCCGGAAGAGAUGGCUCCUGUAUCCCGCGGGACAGGAGGAAUUCCUGAAGGAUUGCCACGGGAAUCUCCCCUUCGACGUGACGGCUCCGGAACUUCGGGAUGAGAGGAUUUAUCCGCGUUUCAGCCGGAGCCAAGCCCCUCUGGAAAUCCUCCAGGAAGCCGGAGAGAUCGUCUUCGUUCCCAGCGGAUGGCACCACCAGGUUCAUAACCUGGAAGACACCAUUUCCAUCAACCACAACUGGGUGAACGGCUGCAACGUGGCCGUCAUGUGGUGCUUCCUGCAGGAUGAGCUGGCGGCCGUCCAGAGGGAAAUCAGCCAAUGGAAAGAUCCCAUGGAUGAUUGGCACCUCCAAUGCCAGCUGAUCAUGAAAUCCUGCACGGGCAUCGACUACAAGGAAUUCUACGACUUCCUCAAAGUCGUCGCGGAGAACCGCGUCUCCAUCCUGGAGAAGGGCCUGGACGAGGAAUCCUCGUCCCAGAGCAAUUCCAAGGCCGCCAUCUCCACCUUGGGAAUGCUGCACGCCGUCUUCGACCUGAAGAGGACGGUGAAGGUGCUGAGCUCGUUAAGCGCUAACGAGGAUUUCCGGAAGCUGGAUCUGGCUUCGCUCUCUCCUCCUCCCGAGGUUCUGCUCCAGCACCUGGAGUCGGCCAUAGACACGGCCCUGCUCUGAAUUCCCGCUUUUCCAGGCUUUUUUUUCCAGAGGGUUUGGAGGAGAAGGACUUGAACAAGAGCUUUACUCCAGCGGGAGGAGGGAGAACGUUUGGGAAGGAGGGAAAAGAUUUGGGAAGGAGGGAAAAGAUUUGGGAAGGAGGGAGAACGUUUGGGAAGGAGGGAGAAGAUUUGGGAAGGAGGGAGAACAUUUGGGAAGGAGGGAGAACAUUUGGGAAGGAGGGAGAACAUUCCCAAAGUUCAGACUGGUUUGGAGGAAUUACUGACAAAACAACCUCAGACAAAGGAAAAUCCCAGGUUUUUUUUAGGAUUGCGAGCAGCAACUCAGGGAACAAAUUCCCUGUGGAUCAAGCCUGGAAGUGGAAUGAAGCAAAUUCCCUGUGCUUAAGCUCAGCUUUGUUGAAACCUCUCCUGCUUCCAGCUGCAGCUCGGCUUUCCCAUCCUUUUUCUUAGGGAAUUCCAUGGAUGCCUGAGCUGGAGCCAGCACCUGGAGUCGGCCAUAGACACGGCCCUGCUCUGAAUUCCCACUUUUCCAAGCUUUUUUUCCAGAGGGUUUGGAGGAGAAGGACUUGAACAAGAGCUUUACUCCAGCGGGAGGAGGGAGAACGUUUGGGAAGGAGGAAGAAGAUUUGGGAAGGAGGGAGAACAUUUGGGAAGGAGGGAGAACAUUUGGGGAUGAAGAAGAUUUGGGAAGGAGGGAGAACAUUUGGGAAGGAGGGAGAACAUUCCCAAAGUUCGGAGUGGUUUGGAGGAAUUACUGACAAAACCACCUCAGACAAAGGAAAAUCCCAAAAUUUUUCAGGAUUGCGAGCAGGAACUCAGGGAAGAGAAUUCCCUACGGAUCAAUCCUGGAAGUGGAAUGAAGCAAAUUCCCUGUGCUUAAGCUCAGCUUUGUUGAAACCUCUCCUGCUUCCAGCUGCAGCUCGGCUUUCCCAUCCUUUUUCUUCGGGAAUUCCAUGGAUGCCUGAGCUGGAGCCAGCACCUGGAAUCGGCCAUAGACACGGCCCUGCUCUGAAUUCCCGCUUUUCCAAGCUUUUUUCUAAAGGGUUUGGGAGAGACGGACAUGGACAAGAGCUUUACUCCAGCAGGAGGAAGGAGAACAUUUGGGAAGGAGGGAGAACGUUUGGGAAGGAGGGAGAACAUUUGGGAAUGAGGGAGAACAUUUGGGAAGGAGGGAGAACAUUUGGGAAGGAGGGAGAACAUUUGGGAAGGAGGGAGAACAUUUGGGAAGGAGGGAGAAGAUUUGGGAAGGAGGGAAAAGAUUUGGGAAGGAGGAAGAACAUUUGGGAAAGAGGGAGAACAUUCCCAAAGUUCAGACUGGUUUGGAGGAAUUACAGACACAACAACCUCAGACAAAGGAAAAUCCCAAAAUUUUUCAGGAUUGCGAGCAGGAACUCAGGGAACAAAUUCCCUAUGGAUCAAGCCUGGAAGAGGAAUGAAGCAAAUUCCCUGUGCUUAAGCUCAGCUUUGUUGAAACCUCUCCUGCUUCCAGCUGCAGCUCGGCUUUCCCAUCCUUUUUCUUAGGGAAUUCCAUGGAUGCCUGAGCUGGAGCCAGCACCUGGAAUCGGCCAUAGACACAGCCCUGCUCUGAAUUCCCGCUUUUCCAAGCUUUUUUUUCCAAAGGGUUUGGAGGAGAAGGACUUGAACAAGAGCUUUACUCCAGCGGGAGGAGGGAGAACAUUUGGGAAGGAGGGAGAACAUUUGGGAAGGAGGGAAAAGAUUUGGGAAGGAGGGAGAACAUUCCCAAAGUUCAGACUGGUUUGGAGGAACUACUGACAAAACCACCUCAGACAAAGGAAAAUCCCAGUUUUUUUUCAGGAUUGCGAGCAGGAACUCAGGGAAGAGAAUUCCCUACGGAUCAAGCCUGGAAGAGGAAUGAAGCAAAUUCCCUGUGCUUAAGCUGAGCUUUGUUGAAACCUCUCCUGCUUCCAGCUGCAGCUCGGCUUUCCCAUCCUUUUUCUUAGGGAAUUCCAUGGAUGCCUGAGCUGGAGCCAGCACCUGGAGUCGGCCAUAGACACGGCCCUGCUCUGAAUUCCUGCUUUUCCAAGCUUUUUUUCCAGAGGGUUUGGAGGAGAAGGACUUGAACAAGAGCUUUACUCCAGCGGGAGGAGGGAGAACGUUUGGGAAGGAGGGAAAAAAUUUGGGAAGGAGGGAGAACAUUUGGGAAGGAGGGAAAAGAUUUGGGAAGGAGGGAGAACAUUUGGGAAGGAGGGAGAACAUUUGGGAAAGAGGAAGAACAUUCCCAAAGUUCAGAGUGGUUUGGAGGAAUUACUGACACAACAACCUCAGACAAAGGAAAAUCCCAGUUUUUUUUCAGGAUUGCGAGCAGGAACUCAGGGAAGAGAAUUCCCUACGGAUCAAUCCUGGAAGAGGAAUGAAGCAAAUUCCCUGUGCUUAAGCUCAGCUUUGUUGAAACCUCUCCUGCUUCCAGCUGCAGCUCGGCUUUCCCAUCCUUUUUCUUAGGGAAUUCCAUGGAAUUCCAUGGAAGCCUAAGAUGUGGGAAAUGUUGAUUCCGUGUCUUCCAGAGUGGGAUUUCCAAAGCCGAGCAGCUCAGGAUUCCGUUUCAUCCCGACUCCCGGCAAAACCCGGCUUUGCCUCAUCCCAAAAAAAAAAAAAAAAAAAAAAAAAAAAAAUCAGGAACGGGAAUGCGCUCCCACCAUUCCACCCUCUAUCCCAGCAUUCCCUGCAGGAAAAAAAAAACGGGAUCCGGCACCUCCCGGCAUGGUUCCGCAGCACAAUUCCCACCCGGAAUAUUCCCACCGGAACAUCCCCCUCCUCCUCCCGCUUUUCCUUGGAAAAAAAAAAAAAAAACCAAAAAACCUGGAAGCACAAAAUGGCUGCGCACUGUUACCGACCUUGGCGCCUCGCCGGGAUUCUUCCCGAAAGAAAAGCCGAGAAAAACUUGGAAUUUUUUGGGGGGGAAGAAGUUUUGAGUGCGUCAACCUGAAAAUCCACCUGGUUUUCCAGAGAAUUCCUUGGAAUUUUUAGCAGUUCCCCCCGCCCUUGCACUUUGCAUGUCCUUUUCCUGUAGGAAAUUUGCAUUUUUUAUUUUUCUCUUCGUUCCCCCCAAAAAUAUCAAGGAUCCGCUUUUCCCUUCAUUUAGAAAAUUCCUGAAUUCCCAAAAAUAAAAAAAAAGAUUGGAAUAAGGAGCACGCGGAGCCUGGAAUUUUCUUCCAAAUUUCCCAGAGUUUUAUUGAAAUAAAAAUUCCUGGCAAACUU